AGCCGGCUGCCGGUCGCCGGAGCGCACAUAGAACUCGCGGAACUCAGUGGCUCGGAGGAGUGCGCGCGCGCGGCACCUCUCGUUCAGAGGCUCUCCUCAUCCCCGCGCCCUCUUCCGCGAUCGCGCCCGCCUGCGCCUCAUGCAUUGAGCUUGACCCUCGUAUAAAGCGGAGCCCCCGCGCGAACUCGCACGCAGUCACGACCCAACCACGAUCUCAUACAUUCACCCGGCUUUCACGCGACACAGUAUCAAUAGUGACACAAAGUAGUGAUAAUGGCCAGCCAGGAUUGGGGAUACUCAGUUGAAAAUGGUCCAGCGACAUGGGUAGAAAAGUUUCCAGAAGCGCGAGGCGCUCGUCAGAGUCCAGUAGACAUCGACACGUCUCGGGCCAGUAGCAGUGGCAGAGCACCUCCACUUGCGUGGCGGUACUCCGUCAACCACCCACGAUCUGUCGUCAACCCCGGAUACUGCUGGAGGGUAGACGAAAACGGCUAUGACUCGGAGCUCCGCGGUGGUCCACUCGGCUCGGAUGUGUACAAGCUGGAACAGUGGCACUGCCACUGGGGGGCUGUCAACGGCGAGGGCUCGGAGCACACAGUCGACGGACGAGCUUUCUCAGGCGAGCUGCACCUUGUACACUGGAACACGUCAAAGUAUGGCAGCUUUGCCGAGGCGGCCGGCCAGACAGACGGACUAGCUGUUUUGGGAGUACUAUUAAUGGUUGGUUCCCGGCAUGCAGAGCUAGAUAAGGUCGUAAAGCUACUGCCAUAUAUCCAGCACAGAGGGGAUAAGGUGACGUUCUCCGAGCCCCUGAACCCCGCCAAUUUGCUACCAAAGCAAAAGGCCUACUGGACCUACCCCGGCUCGCUCACCACGCCGCCCUGCACUGAGUCCGUCACUUGGAUACUCUUCAAGGAACCCGUUCAAGUUUCCGCAGAACAGCUGGCCCUGAUGCGUAAGCUCAGAUGUGGCGAAGCGUCCUGUGGCGUCGAAGCAAUGGAGGUGCUACACAACUACCGGCCAACGCUGCCGCUAGGCAACCGUGAGCUGCGCGACUACGGUGGAAACUAACACUCAACAACUUGUGAAAUUGUGAUUAGUGGCGAAAGCGAAAUUUUAUUACAAAAAAAAAACUCUUACCAAACUUUAAACCUUCCUCAUUCUUCGGCAUUGAACCAAGAAAACUUGGCGCCUUAAGCGGAUGACUCAAGAAACAAUACGAACUGGAGUAAAUAAAUAAAAACAAUACCCUCGGCGGGGAUUUCCCACUGGUGUACUCGGUAAACUAAAGGCACAGUAGGCAGUGCAAUAACUGACUGAUUGUGCCGCGCUAAAGCGAAGGUCAAACCUUCGCGUCAGCACUCAGCUCACGAUCACAAAAGUAGGUUGGAUACCUAGAUGUGGCCCUAGCUUUUUUGAAUUUGAAAUUUUGAAUUUUUGAAUUUGAAUUUGACCUCUCGGGCUCGAUCUCACAUUUAGUAGCCUAACGGGAGCGGGCGUAUUCUUGACCCUCGUAUGCACGUGAACGAAUCCAGAUCUAAUUCUCAGGAAUUGGUUCGAAUCGAAUUGUUCAGACGAAAACGGCUUAAUAAAUGAAAUUUAUUUCGAAACCGGUUUCAAGCCCUGCCUUGAACUGCAGCACCAAUUAGGAUGACAUCGCAAUCAAGCAGAUUGUCAAAAAAAACUCAUUCAGUCUACUAUUAAUUGUUAAUUUUCUUAAAUACUAUUAUAGAAUUGAUUUGGGCUUGCUACGGUCGCUCACGACCUUUCUUUCUACAAUACGAGUAUAUAAGUUAUUUAUUUAUCCAGUAAUGAAGCAAAACGGUUAUAUAAUAUGUUUGCUGUUUACACGUGUUCAUUACUAACUGUGAUGGGUAAAUUGCGAGAAGUAAACAGUCUGCAUAUUUAAUUUUAGUCAAUCACAAUAGUGCCUAUGUAGCAGCUAAUUGUAGUCAGUAUAAAGUAUAAACUGUUAUUUAAUAAUUAAAUAGCUGAUUAUAGUAUUACAUUUAUAUGGAUAAAUAUCGUUCAGAAGAACACUAUUCACCGUUUUUUAGGAAAUUGUAUAAACAAUAAAGAAUUAUGAAAAUUGUGUUUAUAAAUUUUAUUAUGUCUAUUAAAAUGUGUCAAUGUCGUUGCUUUUCUUUGAUAGUGGCACAAGUAAAUAUUAAUUGGUUAUAAUACGAAUUUCGUAAUGAAUAAAAAUUCAAAGGCUGUGACGUUGUAGUAUCAUAAAAGCUUUCUUGCUGCUCUCUCUUGGUAGCCCCUAGAUUGCAAUUGCGUCGAUAAAAACUCUAUGAUUAUUCUGUAUGUCAAUUUGAUAGAAAUUUCAUUUGUUUCACUAUCAAAGCAAAGCAACGAUGAGUCUAAAAUAGAGAUGAAAAAAUUUAAUGUAUAGAAAUAUAUUUUAGCUUCUUAAAUGAGGCGACUCUUAUUGCAAUUUGAAAUUUUAGUUUUAUUAGGAUAUGAUAUGUAUACUCACUUGUAAUUGUAGAGUUGUUUAAUGUUUUCGAGUACUGGGGCAUUCUCGUCGGAAGUUAUUAUGUAUUGCCACGAAGGUAGGCAUACGAUGUAUUUCCUCUAAACAAUUUUUCACUACUUUCUGGUUAGAUUUUUUUUCACGCACGGAUGGACAUGGUGAAACUAUAUCGGUUUUGUCUGCUAAGUGGUUUCCACCGUAGAUACCGCCCUAUCGACAAAGCCGUGCCGCCAAGCGUACCUAGGUAAAAUACGAUGCCGCGUAGACACCAAUAAGGGUAUGGGUUCAGUAUAACUAGGUACCAUCUUAGACUGUGUUAUCACCAGUCAGCAAUGUUACCUGGUCAGUACCAGGUAACAUUGCAGUAAAAAGCUUGUUGUGAAAUUAAAAAAAAAACAAAAACCAUAAUAUUAUGCACCAGCCUCGUUGACUGCGCAACUCUAAAAAUCAGUAGUGCAGAUACAGGAUAGUACAUAUGAUGACUUUUAAACUUUUGUUACUACAGUUGCAAGCGUCCCAGCUUUAUACUAAGAAUACUGAGCAACUAAUCGUAUAAUUAUACUUCACGACAUGUAAAAAGAGCGUUGACGCUCGACCUAUGAACCGGAUACUAUACAAUUACAUGCAAAUUAUUGCGAUUUAAGCAAUAUUAGUUAAUGAAUAUUUAUUUAAUAUAACUUAGUCAUAAAAAAUUAUAAGAAAUAGGCAAGAUGCUAUAAUUAGUUUAGAUCACCGAGUGCACUGUAUUAGGUCCUCCAACGCACUUUUUUAUUUGACCCAACAUAUGGAUAUCUACCUUCCUAUAACUUUUUGUGGCCUUAUAAUCAGUGCCUUAAACUUCAUUUGAACUUAAUAUUAGUUGAUAAACGGCCUUAUACUAUGGUCUAAUGUAAAACUUAUUGACUGAUCUUAACUUUAAAAUGUGACCUCAAUAGUUAAUAGCUAAGCAGUCCUAUAAAUAAAGAGGUGUCGUUAUUUACCUACGUGAUAUUUCUAUGUAUUGUGAUUUCAGUUACAGAAUAUAAUUAGAAGUUUAUGUUGAGAUAUAUCGAUUCGUUUUGUAAACCGGUGAAAAGAGUGUUAAGUCCAAAACAUAUUUCAAAAAAACUUUUAUAGAAAAUACCUGUAUGAAAAAUUUACCUACAACAUAAUACCUACGUUUGUUUUAAAAUAAGAUCAUCAUCAAAAUCUUGUUUAUUUCGUCUUGUUUGUCUUUAUACGUUUCUUUGGAAACUAUGUUGAAAUAAAAAAAUUGUCAUAUUAUUUAAUAAUUAAGGACCUCAUUUAUUUAAAUUUUUAACAGUGAUUAUUAGGCUGGAAAAACAAAGUACUAAGUAUAAGUCGUCUGAAUCCUCGGGAUAGUACGCUCCAAUGUAAACUGCGGGUUUUCUAAGGUACCUAUCUUACACAAAGGGUAAUAGCAGACAUACACCCGCUUUCAGCAUGUGCCGACGCAAUGACUGUUGUCAAUGCGUGCUAACUAUUUGAGCUAACGAACAAUGCUAUAUGUUUUUUAAUAUCGAAUUCAGUUUAAGGAGAUAUUUUGGUAUGUACACCCUACUAUGAGUUAGGCAUAAAAAAGUAGGUGUAAAAGUAUCGCCCUAGAACGUUUUAAUUGCUGACCGAUACAAACUUUUUUAUGAUUUAAAAAGUCAUUGAAACAUUCUAAUUCUACCGCAAUACUUUUUACGUAUACUAAUAAUAAUACUUAAUACGUAGGAUGUAACUACCAAUUUGGUAGUUACAAUCUAUAUAUUGCCGCCAUACUCAAUACUAUUAUUUUGAAUUUCUUUUGGACUUUAAACUCUAUUCACAGCACGCAAAGUAAUUUAUCUUUGUUAUCAGUGUGUUAUUAUGUAAUGUAGAUAGGUACCUAUUAUUUUAAUUUGUGCCUCGAAUAGUAACGAGCUAUGCUAAUGAGUAAUGACGUAGUUAUAUUAACUGUGUUGUUACUGAUACGAUUUAAGAUAGGUAUUUUACGAAUAAGUACAAUUAUAAGGUAUCCAUCAAGUUGUAUGUUUUGUUUUGCAGUAUUCUGCCGCAAUUUAUCUACCAGUACAUUGCAUGUGCCUCUACAGAUAUAUUUAAAAUAGAUUUUUAUUUA